AUGACUACUUCACAUAGACCGCAGCUAGAAGCAAGAAAUGGUGCGAAGGAUAUACAAUAUGUACCUACUUCUACACAGCAUGUAAGGUUACUACCUGGACAUAAGGAGCUAAAGAAGCGUACGAGAACGGAUACAAAUGAUAACGAAGUACAUCACACAAAAAGGAAGCGAGAACUGAGAUUGGAAGACGGUGUUACGGAGAAGGAAGAUGAUAAGCUCAAGCGGGCAGAAAGUGAGUCCGAUGACAGGGUAGAUGAUACAGGUAGUAGCGAAGAAUAUGACGAUGACGACGAUGAAGAAGAAGAAGACGAUGAGGACGCAUUGUUGGAUGAGUGGAAUAGAGUACGCCAGGAGCGCAUUGAUUCGAAGUCUAAAGAAAAGAAAAGUGUGUCUGUUGAUUCUAGUGUAAACUCAAAUACUAAUCCAGAUUUGGCUAAACCUCAAAAGAGCGGAUGGAGGUCCAAGACUGUUUUUGGAAGGCAUUCAAAUAAAUCUAGUGAGUCAAACGAAAACAAGGAUAAAAACAAAUAUAUUAAUGAUCUUUCACGCAGUGCGUACCACAAGGACUUUAUGCAGAAGCAUGUAAAAUAA